CGACAGUUAUAAUGUGAGGUGCAAGAGGACAGGUAUUUCGGCGCGAACGGGAGCGCACUUUGUUGGUUAUGUGAGGCCACGAAACGCGUCGUCAUUAGCCGUUUUUCUCAAAUAUCGGCCAGGAUGGGCCAGGGUACGGACACCUGCACGGACCGUCCCACCGAAGUAAGCGUCAUCCGAUUCGUGUCGAGGAAUCGCACUGUUGAAGAAAUCGCCCCAAAAAAGGAAAUAUACACAUGCAAACAACGAGGUUGUGGCAAAAUAUUUACCAAUCAAGAUGAAUACAAAACACACGAGGCUCUGGAGGCCUUAAAAAUUAGAUUUAUCUGCCGGGAACCAGGAUGUGGAGAAGAAUUGUCAGAUCCUGGAAGUAUGUGGCGUCAUUAUCAAGAAUGGCAUAAUAAUGAAACAAAUGUAUUUAUAUGUCCAUACACAAAUUGUGGGUCUUUACAUACAACCAGUAGUAAUUUAGAGGAACAUAUCGAAAGCUAUCACAGACAACCACCAACACUGCCAACUGAACCAGAAGUUAUAUGCUUUGAAGAUCUGGAGAAUGCCAUGGAUGAAGAAGUUGUACAAAGUACAGAAGAUUGCUACGAGAAAAGACAGAACGAAACUUUUGCAAUAAAAGCACACCAAUAUGAUGAUAAUAAUGAACAAAGUAUUCAUAGAAAUGACAAUAUACAGCAGAAAAAGAAAGAUGUCCCUCAUGAUCAGAAUGCUCCAAACGAUAACUCUAAGAAGGAAGAUCACUCUUCCACCACAGAGUCAUUGAAUGAAGUGGGUGCAUUUCCUAUGCCUGAAAGUCUAAUGUUAAGUACAGAUAAUUUCCUCUGUAAGUAUGAGGGCAAUACGAACAAAUGUUCAGAACUGCAAGCAGAACAUUCCCAAGAAAAAGCUAACGUAGUAUACGUGAACGGAGAUAUUACCAUUACAAAAAAUUCAAAGAACGAGAUAUGUACUAUGAACUCAAGGAGUCAGGAACACAGAAUAGAGUUGGAUAAUAUUGAAAGAAUCUUCCGAAAUGAUUUGAAUCGUGAUGCUACGAAAAAUGAAGAGAACGCUAUAGAAACAAACAGCAACUGUUCCGAUGACGAAGAAUAUACUCCGAAGAAACAACGGAUGUCUAGAUACAAACAAGAAAUAUACAAGUGUGCCACUAAUGGCUGUGGGAGAAAAUAUAAAUACAUAUCCCAUUAUCGUCAUCAUCAAGACAGUCAUAAAUUAGGAGCCAAUACAAUUAGUUCAAAUUCUAACAAAUCAAUAAUGAAACUAAAACAAGGCAAAGCGUCGACCGUCAGUUUUUUCCUAUGCAAGAUUCCUGGCUGUGGAGCACAAGUGAGCAAUGUAACUGGUUUAUGGAAACACUACCAGGACAAUCAUGCUAACUCGAAACUGCCAGUAGUUCAAGGAGCUAAGAAUAAUGAAGUAUUUCGAUGCAAAAUUCCAGGAUGUGAAGCAGAGUUCAGUACGACUGUAAUGCUGUAUAAACACUUUAAUGAAAUGCAUUCGAAUGGUUCUGGCAAUAAUGCUAGCACAAACGCAAAGACUGGAAAUGGGAGUAGUUUUCAUUAUACCGAAGUGUUCAAAGAUGAUACUACCAGCCCGCAAGUAAAUUUUAAGACUGACUUUAAGGGAAAGCAUAAUAUUAAUGUAAAUGACUGUACGAAAAAUACCGAUGAACAAAGAUUAUCAUCGAUUGUUAAGAAAGAAACCCGAGAUUGAUUCGAGACAGGCUAAUAUCUUCAAUGAUGAUAAAUAAUUGUAGCAGUAUAAAUUGGAGUAUUUUACUAGGGCCGUAAGCAUUCGACUUAAAAAAUAUUAUUGUUCCUUCCUCUCUACGAGCUAUUCAGCUCUUUUGUAUUCUUCAUCUCUCUAACUAGUCACUCCUUACUACGCUUUUAACACUAUUUUGAGUGC